CCUCGGGUCAAUGCCACAAGGUUAUGCAAACAAAAAAAAUUGGCGUGUUUGCUGGUGAAACGCUGUAAAAAUGGAGUCAGCCGUGCCUUUUGUGAGCGGUUUACUCGCCAACCUGACCCUACAGUCCACCCUGGUUCUCGUCCUGGCCUUCCUGACGACCUACUGGCUCCUGGGCGCAGGUGGUCGGCAGAAGAACCUUCCGCCGGGCCCGAGAGGCCUGCCCCUGCUCGGCAACCUCCUCAGCUUCCGCCCGAGCCGCUUGUUGUCCAACCUGGCGGCAUGGCGGCAGCAGUACGGGGAUGUUUUCUGUGUGAGGAUCGCCAACAGGCUGGCUGUCGUGCUCAAUGGACACAAGGCUAUCCAGGACGCGCUCGUCAAGCAACCUGAAGUAUUUUCCAACCGCCCUCCCGCAGUCGUCGAUUCAGCCAAUGACCAAGGAGUUGUCAUGGCCCAGUACGGGGAAGGUUGGAAGGUGAAACGCCGACUAGGUCUGACCGCUCUCCGUCAGUUCGGUAUGGGCAAACGAAGUCUGGAGGGUAAAAUCACAGAGGAGGCUCGCGCCGUGUGCGACAUCCUUGCGGAAAAAGAUGGCGCUGCAACGGACAUAUCUCUUCUUUUGUCCAACGGCGUAUCUAACGUUAUCUGUUCCAUGUCGUUCGGUGAGCGAUUCGAAUAUAAUGACACGGAGUUCCAGAGGCUCAUGCGACUGAUGUCAGAGUUAGUUACGGGAUCUGCCAUUUCCCGGUUUAACCCCUACGUACGCAAGUUGCCAUUUAUCAAAAAGGGAGUGGAGAGUCGAAUGAAAAUGGCCAAAGAGAUCACUGAAUUCAUCAAAGCAAAAAUCAAAGAACACAAAGACACUUUCGAUCCAGCCGACAUCCGGGACAUUAUCGACGUGUAUUUGAUGGAGACCCAGCAGCAGAUCCCGGAUGACGGGGACCGUACCAUUACAGAAAUGGGGAUGAUCAACACGAUGAGAGAUCUAUUUAUCGCCGGAGCAGAAACUACGGCUACGACCUUGAAGUGGGGUCUGCUGUAUCUGGCGCGCCACCUGGAGGUUCAGCGAAAAGUGCAGGAUGAGAUCGACCAAGAGUUUGGCUCCAGCCCCCCAACGUUGUCUCAGCGAGGAAAGCUGCCCUAUACCGAGGCCACCAUACUAGAAAUCCAGCGGAUCCGACCUAUCGUACCGCUCAGUGUUCCUCAUACCACCUCUGCUGCCACGGUGCUGCACGGCUUCGACAUCCCGGCCAACACUUUCGUCAUCCCGAACCUGUGGUCCGCCAUGAUGGAUCCGACAGUGGCGCCUGACCCUGAGACCUUCAACCCGGACAGGUUUCUGGACGAAGAUGGAACUCAUGUGCGUCCCGAGUGGUUCAUUCCAUUCUCGCUAGGGCGGCGUCAGUGCCUUGGUGAGCAAUUAGCCAAGAUGGAACUUUUCAUCUUUCUGACAACCUUGCUGCAGCACUUCACAUUCAAAUUGCCAGACGGCGCCCCUGCACCAUCAAUGGACGGCUCCUUGGGUGUUGUUCUUGCGCCAGACCCCUACCAGAUUUGCGCCAUUCAAAGAGAUAAUUAGAACCCAGCGCUGAUUCAUUUCAAGUUAUUAUUAGAUUACAAAAAAACAAUAUUUUGUUGAUAACUAGCGAGGUCAAAGUCUGGCUAUUCGGUACAGUGUCGUCACUUGUACACUAAUAACAGGUGCAGAAUUGACGUAUCUAAUAAGGAGGAAUAAACAAAGUAAACACUUAUUACUUUUUAAAAUUAACUUUGACUUUAUUCAUAUUGUAGACGAUACAAUACAUGUGGGUCACAGGCAGCGAUUGACGGUGUUGUGACCUACACAUUAACACAUACAGAACAUUGAUACAUCAAGUGCUAGCAAUGAAUAGAUACUGUCUAAAAUUACUUUUUUUCCCUAUUUCAUGAAACCAUAUUAAUCCUAUUACAUUAUAUAUGUAUGUAGCCAUCCAUGGUUAACCGAGUUACUGAGCUAGUGUUUGUAAGUGUACACAUGUAGGUGUAGUUUUCAGUGAGUUUUGAUGUUUACGAAGGCCAUUGUCGUCUUUUCUCAGUGUGACAGUGUGACAGAGCGUGCACGCCAAUGGGAAGGGUCUUCUUCGGACGGAAAGUGAAGCCGCGCUCUUCUAGUCAUUGUGCUUGUCGAUAAAGGCCAUAAAGAGAAAUUCACGG